CAUGUUACUAUUUGGGGGAAGGAGGAAUCUAGAGUCACUCCAAUAUAGUUUUCCUAGGCUACUCUCAGAAAGCUGGCACUGAAAGACUGAAGAUGAAUUCGGUUUUUUUCUUUGCAGAAAUUUGGUGUCAUCUGAGUUAAAAGAAGAAAUUAUGGAUUCUUAAGUUAGAAGGACCUAGAAAAUUUCUACUCUUUAUCUGGAAAGGACACAAGGAGCAGGCACCUGGUCCAGGGCUGCUGCUACUAUGGAAGAAAGAACUGGGAGGGUUCCAGUGUAUAGCCGGGACCCAGCCCCUGGUCCCACUGCCAGCCAAGGCUUCAACUAUUAUCCCAUGGAUCUCUAUGACUCCGAAGACAGACUGAGAAUCUUUCCGGAAGAAAAAAAUCAAAUGAGAGAAGUAGCAAAAGAACCAAGGAGAGGGGAGAGUUUGACCACCCACGAUGGUCAAAAUGAAGUGGAAGAACUAGCCCGAUACUAUGGUCUCGAAGAUGAUAAAGAGCUGGAGGGUGAAAUUGAGGUAGGGAGUGUGCUUCGGUCUGGGAUUUCAGAAUACCAGUCAGCUCCUUCUUCUCUCAGAUCCUACAGUGUGCCAAAGAAGAGAGACCCAGGGAGAGAAGAGAAAGACUGGCAGUACCUGGGGGAAGCAGCAGACGACGAGGACGACGACAGAUUCCCCGCAUGGGGCUCUCGGGGUCAAUACCAGGAAUUAAGGGAAGCCUACAGGUACGGUCGUGGUCGCUCCAGUGAGGAGUACGAGUGUUACGUCAUACCGGAAGAAGAGGACGAGGAAGAAGCCGCAGAUAUUUUCUGUGUCACCUGCAAAAUUCCAAUCAGAGCUUUUGACAAUCUCUUUGGGGAACACAAGGAACACGAGGUCACCCAGCUUAACACGGCAGCAGAAAAUGCCCGGGAGGAAAUUCAUAAAAACAUGUUCAAACUGGAAGAACAGAUUAUUCAGAUGGAAAACUUUGCAAGUCAUCUGGAGGAAGUUUUCAUUACCAUAGAGGAGAAUUUUGGAAGACAGGAGCAGAACUUUGAGUUGCAUUAUAAUGAGAUCUUGGAAAUUCUUGCUCAGAAAUAUGAAGAAAAAAUACAAGCUUUAGGGGAAAAGAAGAGAGAGAAAAUCGAAGCAUUGUACGGACAGCUGGUCAGUUGUGGUGAAAACCUUGACACUUGUAAAGAACUGAUGGAAACAAUUGAGGAGAUCUGCCAUGAGGAGAAGGUUGAGUUCAUAAAGGAUGCAGUAACUAUGGCUGACAGACUCGGAGAAUUCCUGAAAACCAAAACAGAUGUAGAGCUUUCGGCACAUCCUGAUUUUGAAGACCAAACCAUCGAUUUCUCUGACAUUGAGCAGCUGAUGGAUUCUAUUAAUGCCAUUCCAGCUCCUUGUGCUCCAGUGAUAAAUACACAAACACCUAACUCAGCUACUGGGACGUCAGUCAAGGUGUGUUGGAGUCUAUUCUCUGACGACACUGUAGAAAGCUACCAGCUGUUUUAUAAACCUGUCAGUGAUGGUGCACCGAGGGAGGAGCAAAAAGAGUUUUCUGUGAAUGUCAAAGAAUCACAUUACUCGGUGGCCAACCUUGUGCCUAAUACUCAAUAUGAAUUUUGGGUCACAGCUUCGAACAGCACUGGCAUCAGUCCACCAAGUGAGCGAGCAGUGUACGUGACAGCUCCUUCACCUCCUGUUAUCAAAAGCAAAGAGAUCCAAAGCUGUGAACAUGCUGCCUUGGUGCGCUGGGAAUCUGGAAAUAUGAAUCCUGUGGACUCAUACACUAUUGAACUAUCUAAAGUAGACAAUGAAGAACCGGGGAAUGUUGUUACAGAGUCUAUAGUAGGAAUUCCUACAUGUGAAUCUUUAAUUCAGCUGCAACCUGGAGAAAGCUACCUAGUCUACGUGAGAGCCAUCAAUGUGGGGGGUCCUAGUGAAAGAAGUGAGCCUGCUACUAUCCACACUAUAGGUACCUACUUCCACCUUAACAAGGACACCAGUCAUCCUUUGCUGUCCAUUUCAGAAGAUGGGUUUACAAUUGUGCGUGGUAAAGGAGAAUACUCAGCAAGUGAGCCCCGUGAUAGCGACACCAGAUUUACUAGAUGUGUUGCUGUUAUGGGAAGCCUGAUACCUAUCAAAGGACGGCAUUACUGGGAGGUGGAGGUUGAUGAGCAGAUGGACUACAAAGUUGGUCUGGCAUCUGAAGAUAUGAACAGACAAGGGGACCUUGGGGCAGACAGCUCUUCCUGGUGCAUGAGUCAUAUGUUCAUAUCAUCAAGGCAUAAAUAUGAAUUUCUGCACAACGGGGUUACUCCAGAGAUCCAGAUUACAGUUCCCCCAAAGAAGAUUGGAAUCCUGCUUGACUAUGACAGCCAUAGAUUAUCUUUUUUUAAUGUGGAUAUUGCACAGCAUCUUUAUACAUUUAGCUGUCCGCUUCAACAUUUUGUGCAACCCUGUUUUUCUUUAGAAAAGCCUGGAUUGUUAAGAGUUCGUAAUGGAAUCUCAAUGCCAAAGUUUGCCACACUCUUCUAGACUAGAUUGGUGUCUAAUGGUAGAGUCAAUUGGGGGGGGGGAUGUGAAGUUAGUAAAAUGAUCCUUGAUGCUCCCUUUCUCUAAUUUCCCCUUUUGUUUCCUUUUUCUCCCCUUUGCUUCCUAGCCCUAACCCUGAAAACUCUAAGCAUGGAUGCACUCAUGCUAGUCAGGUCUUUCCAGUUAGACGGAGUAAAAGGAUCCAUUAUAGCCAUUUCUUGUUAAAGUAUUUAUUACUCAUACAAUCAUAAAGUUAGAUGUAGUGACUUGUUUAAGGUAACACUGAUAAUAAAUAGAACAGCUGUCCAGGCCAGGACUUCUUCCAGUAUACCAUACUAGACAGCAUGAUACUACUAAAAGUACCUGAAUUUUAAGAAAGGCGGAAAUAAGUCUCUACUGAAUUUCAGGUGCAUGGAACCGAGAUAUUUGGGAACUCCUUGGGAACCCUCAAUCACAGCAAUUAGAUGGCUCAGCCUAUUAAGAGUACAAUAGAACAUGUUACAAUUUGAUUCCUGUUCCCUCAAGCCCCCCACUUUCAGCAAUUUUCCAAAUAUGAUCAAACUUGGAUAGCCUGUUCUGCAUAAGAUACUGUGCUAGGUAUUAUGGGGGAUGAUACAAUGUUAAGACAGUUCUAGCAGCUCUUUUUGUGGUGGCUAAGAGUUAGGGAUCAAAGGAAUGCCCAUGAAUUGGGGUAUGGCUAAACAAGCUGUGGUAUGAUUUUAAUGGUGUAUUAUUGUGCUGUAGGAAAUGACAUGGAUAAUUUCAGGAACACCUGGACUUAAAUGAACUAAUGCACAGUGAAGUAAACAGAACCAGGAGAAUGUUGGGCACGGUGACAGUAAUAUUGUUCAAUGAAAAACUGUGAAUGACUUAGCUGUUCUAAGCAACACAAUGAUCCAAGA